UUAUUUGUUUGUUUUGAUAUUAUCAUUGCUGUUGUCGUUCUCUACAGGAAUGUGGUGUUCUACUAUUCUUCCGGCAUCACGAUCGGCGUGCUGGCUUCACUCCUCAUCAUAGUAUUUCUCGUCAGUCGAUUCAUACCAAAGAAGGUCGGUGCGUACUCUGUUCUCGUCGGCGGCUCCUCGGUCGUCGUCUACUUCUUCCGCUUCCUCUGGGAGAACAUAUCCAGCGUGCUGCAGGCGUACAUGAUCUACGUCGCCGCCUACGUCGCCAUCGCCGCCACCGUCAGCUUCGCCGUCUGUUACCGCAAGGGUCCCGUCACAGACGCGCGCUCGCUCGAUCUCAUUCAGUGGGCGAUGCAGGCGGUGGCGUUGGCGGCAGUCUACUAUGGCACACAGGUGGACGAGGUGUCAGUGGGAAUCGUGUUGGCCGUGAUAGCGAUGAGAGUGCUGCCAGCCGUGCCAUGCGGAGGAUUCGUCACGAAGGCGUGGCAGAGGCGGUUUCCGCCCAAGCCUCGGCUGCUCACGGAGGAGGAGUACCAGCAGCAGGGGGAGGAGGAGACGCGGAGGGCGCUGGAGGAGCUGAGGAGGUACUGUCAGAGUCCCGCGUGCAGUCCAUGGAAGACUGUCGGUCAGCUGAAGACCCCGUCAAAGUUUGCUAGUUUCAUCGAGGGAGACGCGCACGUGUCGAGCAGCGAGGAGGAGGAGUACUAUCGUGACGUCACGGCAGAGCUCGACCUUGAUCUGUCAUUCACCGAAGACGAGGACGACUGAUGGUCCGCGCGAUGAAGAGAGAAUUCCCAUCCAGCGAGAGAAGUGUGAUUGUGCGUGUGCGUGCGUGCGUGGGUGUGUGGGUGAGUGUAUGAGGACGACUGAUGGUUCGCGCGAUGAAGAGAGAAUUCCCAUCCAGCGAGAGAAGUGUGAUUGUGCGUGUGCGUGCGUGCGUGGGUGUGUGGGUGAGUGUAUGAGGACGACUGAUGGUUCGCGCGAUGAAGAGAGAAUUCCCAUCCAGCGAGA